UUUCUGUGGUUAACGUUUAACGCCUGUAGACUUCCCUCCCAUAGCAACCUGGACAGACAGCGUCGCUAGAAAGUACGAUGCGGCCGCAGGUUUCACCAGGAGGGACGCAGCUUACUCCAGAUAACUUUGAGAGUUUUCUGGCCUCUGAUGAAGUUUUAACCAACUACUUCAACGACUUCCUGCGUCUGCCGUCUUUCUCAGAGAAUCUGCUGUACCACCAGGACUCUGGACAGGUUCAGGUGUUGAAUAAAUGUCAGGAACACAACAAGUCUCAGUUCCUUACUAAUGACCUGACUUGGACUCCUCCCGUGGAUGACCAUCACAUUGUCUGUUGCCAUGAUGAAGAGCAAGGAAUGCAGUGGCUCAAAAGAGAGAGGCUGACAUUUUUUCUUCAAAGUGAUUACUACUUCCAAUACAGACUAGCCAAGCUCCUUUUGCAGCAGGACCCACUCUUUAAAUGCCAAAGGAGAGAAUGCACUUCCAGUCCCACCUCAUGCUCAGCAUCACAGCUACAGUACCACUACCAGCAAAACAUCAUGACCAGUUCACAUUCUCAUGAGAGAACGUCAGAAAAACGGGGCGCGGUAAACAUGGUCCAUGGUCAGAGUCGUUUGACCACUGUCAGGAUCCCUUCAGCAGAGGAAGCCAGAGAGCAGGCUAGUGAGAAGAAAGAUGAAGAUGACUCUGGGGGAGGCAGACGAACCGAACGGGAGGAAAAGCCUCGGGUGAUGGGGAGCAGACUCACUCACCAGAAAACCGCUCUGAAUGUGAGUCGGUGCGGCAUCUGCUGCUUUAGCAGAAAGGAAGGCAUGGAUGAGUUUAGGAGGUUUCUGAGAGGAACCGCUGGAGAAAGCAUCUUUUAUCUGUGGAUGGAUAUAGAGAGACUAAAAGCUACUCGGCACAGCGAGCUCAAAGCCAGGACUUUGCACCUGAUGAUGAGCUGCUACCUGGAUCAGAGCAGUUCCAGAGCUGUGAACAUGGUGCUGCUCUCUGAUAUGGGACUGUCUACCUCCCCCUGCUGGACGGAGAAACAACUGCAAUCAGUUCAGCCCAAGCUAACGGAGUGUCUGCUCUACUACUGGGCUCCACACUUCUGUUCCUUUAAGUCUGUUCCUAAUGACUGCCCUGAUGUGGGACUGAGGAGGAACAUUUGUGGCUGCGGGUGUCUGUCAGGUGUACAUCCCAGCUUCACCUCUACACUUCAGGACCACGUCCACCCUGGCUUCUGUUUGCCCCACUUCCAACAACGCCUUGAACAGUUGUCUAGGAGACGCCAUUUGAUUUCAGGAACAGGAACUGAAAGGCUGGUCCAGGCUCUGAGUGUUGAAUCCUGUUCUGGGAUGUACUUCACACACUUCUGUCAACAGUCUGGGAAUCAGCUGUGGGUCAACACAGUUUACUUCUGGACAGACCUGCAGCACUACCACCAGCUGUUCCACCAGGAUGGAUCCAACCUCUAUGCAAUCCAGGGGGAGGCACAGCUCCUUUACUCCACGUACAUUUCCAGCUUUGCCAGGAGGAGCAUUAGUGUUGACGUGGAGGUCCAGAGGUCCGUGUACGACAGACUGCUGCCUAUCUCACAGAUGAUCCAGAGGGCUGUGGAGAGCAGACAACCCAUCAUUCAGCUGCUGUUUGAGGGUAUUGGGAAACAGGCUUACAUCAGACUGCUGCUUACCACUCAGGAGCUGUUUGAUGAUGCUGAGGAACACGCAUUAAGCAUCCUCCUGGAUCCUUGGACGAUGCUGAUCAACCAGGACAACAGGUUAUUCCAGCAGGUGUUUGCACGUGAAGUAGUCACCUACAUCGAUAGUCAGGAGUACGAAGAACCCCAGAAGCCAUGUGAGGUACCAGAGGAGGACCUGAGACAGGAGUCAUGGCAACUUCCUUCAGCCAUGACUCCAUCUACUCCAGACUACCAAGACCAUGGUUUAUGUUCCAUACUUCAGAAUCAUGACCUCAAGCUCUUCACGUCUUUCUUAGAGAAACAGAAUGCCAGGAUCCAUCUGAUGUGUUAUCUGGACCUGGAGCAGUACAAAGGAACGUCUGAGAAAGACGGGGACAUCAGACAGCAGAGAUCUUCUCAAAUUGCUGCCAAAUACCUGAACGAGAACUACUUCUUUGGCCCAGACAGCCCUGCCACAGCAGAACAACAGAACAAUGUCCUGUGUUUGGCUGGUGGGCUGGAGCGUCUGAAGUUGGAGUGUGUCUCCAAUCCAGUUGCUGUGGAGAUCCAGAACAUUGUCAGAUCUCUCUUAGAGGAAACAUGGCUGCCUGCGUUCCUGUCCACAGAAGCGUUAAUUGAACAGCAACACAAAGAGAAGGCCCAGGGUUCACAGACCAGCGGUCCAGAGGAGAUCCUGCUUCAGCAGGUUCUGCUGAACCCAGACAGCUGCCAGAAGUUUGAGCUCUUUGUUUCAUCAAAGGGAGAGUUUCUGGAAAACGAUGCACGAUUCUGGGUGGAGGUCCAGAAAUACAAGGAUUUAUUUCACUCCCACUGUGACGAGGGCGUCCUCCAGAACAAAAUCUCUGUUCUCAUCGACUGUUUCAUCCACACCUGCAUGUCCCCCCCUCUGCGGAUAGACGUCCCUCCAGACCAGGUGCAGCGGAUUCUGGAGAAACGCUAUGAGGUGGACCCUUACAUCUUCAGAGAGGCACAGAUGUCAGUGUUUGAUAAGUUGCUGAGGUUUUGGCCCGAGUUCCAGGAGCUUAGCAGCAGUCUCUCAGACGAGCAGCUUCUUGCUUUGCUGCAGAGGAAGCAGCAACAAUACAGAGCCAAAAGACGGAGACAGAAAAGCAAAGAGGAGGAGAUAGCCGCAAUGAGAAUCACACUGGAAGAGCUGGAGAGACGGUUAGAGGAGGAUGAGACGGAUCAAGAUGAUUUAAAAAGAAAAGAAAAAAGACAAAAUUCAUCAAAGCAGGCCCAGGGUUCACACACAAACAGUCCAGAUGAGAUCCUGCUUAGACAGGUUUUGCUCAACCCCACCAGCUGCCUGAAGUUUGAGCUCUUUGUCUCGUCAAAGGGAGAGUUUCUGGAAAACGAUGCACGAUUCUGGGUGGAGGUCCAGAAAUACAAGGAUUUAUUUCACUCCCACUGUGACGAGGUCGUCCUCCAGAACAAAAUCUCUGUUCUCAUCGACUGUUUCAUCCACACCUGCAUGUCCCCCGCUCUGCGGAUAGACGUCCCUCCAGGCCAGGUGCAGCGGAUUCUGGAGAAACGCUAUGAGGUGGACCCUUACAUCUUCAGAGAGGCACAGAUGUCAGUGUUUGAUAAGUUGCUGAGGUUUUGGCCCGAGUUCCAGGAGCUUAGCAGCAGUCUCUCGGACGAGCAGCUUCUUGCUUUGCUGCAGAGGAAGCAGCAACAAUACAGAGCCAAAAGACGGAGACAGAAAAGCAAAGAGGAGGAGAUAGCCGCAAUGAGAAUCACACUGGAAGAGCUGGAGAGAGAGUUAGAGGAGGAUGAGACGGAAGAAGAAAUGGAAGAAAGUACAUCAAAGGUGCUGUGGGCAUCUUCAAAGGACAUGGCUGAUGUGGAACAGAAGGAAAAGCUGCUGAGGAAACAAACCUCGUCCGCAAAACACCAGCACCUCCCAACAGCAAACAGCUGAUCAGAUCCAAGACCAGGACGUCUUGCAGCUCGCAGCAUGAAUGAGAUGCCAGUGGAAGAAGUGAUGCCGUACAUCUCUACUUUGGCAUGAAAAAGACUCAGCAUCAUCAGAGCAAUGAAUAAAACAGCUGACCUGCAGCAGAUACCAGAAACACACG